CUCUCUCUCCCUCUCUCUCUCAUUCUCUCGCCCUCUCUCUCUCAUUCUCGCUCAUUCUCUCUCUCCCUCUCUCUCUCAUUCUCUCUGUCAUUCUCUCUCUCUCUCAUUCUCUCUCUCAUUCUUUAUGUUCUCUUCUCCAUCUUGCCAGAUUUGGGUACAAAACAAAAGCAAAAUGAUCUCAGCGGCGUUCAGCCAAGCUGAGUGAGUGAAGCAGGUGGGAAGGGGGGGUGGAGAGGCAAAACCUACAUGCGAGCGAGAGCGUCAGGAGAAGUGAGACGUGGUGGAACGAAAUGGCGCACGUGAGCUCUUUCUGGCUGCAGUGGGGAAUGGCGUGUUCCGUGUUUGCUUUGGUGUUUGCUUGGGUGUUUGCUUUGGUGUUUGCUCAAGACAGCUCGUGGGACUGCAGUGACAGGGAUGACAUUCUCAGGGACGCGCCUGUCGACGUGAGCACCCCGUCUCGUUGCACCCUGGACUGCACAGCGCGGACGUACAGGGCGGUUCUGGAGCUGCACAACAGACUUACUAUUCGCUUCACAGACUCACGUGCAGUUGAACCGGAGGAGUACUGCUGGCCCUCCAGGAUAAAAUGCAGCCCUGGCCAACGUCUCCAGAGUGCAUUUAUUCUCCUACCUGUGGACUCAUCUGUAGUGGAUAGCGAUCCCCUCAGACUUCAGAUCAACUCAGAGACUAACGGAGCGACUGUGCGCCAGCACGCCGAGUACUCGCUUCUCCCGGCCGAAUGCGGCCUUCGCUUCGACGUCACGGAGCACAUACCCGCACAAGAGCGCCAGGAAAACCUCUGUGUGAAAAUAAUAGCUCGGGAGCAAAGCACCCUGGGAAAUGGUCUAAUGUGUCCGCCGUUCCUGGUCACGACCUGGGAGAAAUGGAAUCGAGGAUAAACGAGCUAGAAAUCCGUUUUCAUCGGUUAUCGCUAUACGUGACGUAAGAUCUGAUGCGCAGUCAUCAGCGAUCAAGGUUUAUUAUCUAAGAGAACACUACGAGCACUUGCUUUGUACAUGUACAUUUCAUUAACUGUUCUAUUGCCUGAUAUCGGAAGGCAUUACGUUUUGUAUAUCCUGCAUAAACUGUUCCACUUCAAGCGGAUUAUAUUUCACGUUGCAUUCAUAGGCGAAAUUCAGAAUGUGUAUCAAACAGGCUCUAUGCUUUUCUGAGGAAUAUCUGCUACGUCGAAAGGCCAAGAAAAUCUCAAACUUUUAAUGUUUAGGACACAACAACGGAGGAAAAGAAAUGAACGGACUGCGAGACCUCUUGUGUGUGGGUGGGUGGGUGUGUGUGUGUGGGUGUUUUAUAUAUAGCAAUGUAUUGUUUAAUAUGAGAAGUAAUGCAUAUUGUUCUGAAAGAUAUUUUUCUGUUCACGCAUUCUUAUUCCCAGUUAGUUUGCUGUUCAGCUGUUCUGAAACCAGUUGGUUUAUGUGGAAAAAGAUAUGUUCCUAUUACUUAUUGUCUCUAUAAUCUGUAAUGUACUCUUUUUAGGCAGUCCCUAUAAAUAGCACAAUAAAUAAGUUUGUAUAUUGUACCGUUA